UUAUAUAUUGUUUUGCUUUCCUUCUCUAAUACUCAUCUUAGCACUCUGUUUUGUUUUGGGGUUAAGUUGUCCACUUACAGCAAUUAUGGCGUUAUAUAACUUCAAGAAAAUUAUGAUAGUACCUUCCGCUAAGGACUUCAUAGACAUUACAUUAUCAAAGACACAGAGAAAGACCCCGACUGUUAUUCAUAAACAUUACCAAAUCAGCCGCAUACGUCAUUUUUAUAUGAGGAAAGUGAAAUUCACACAACAGAAUUACCAUGACAGACUUUCUCAAAUACUGACUGAUUUUCCUAAACUGGAUGAUAUUCAUCCAUUUUAUGCAGAUCUGAUGAAUGUUUUAUAUGACAAAGACCACUAUAAGCUGGCUUUGGGUCAAAUAAAUAUAGCCAAGAACCUCAUUGACAACGUUGCAAAAGAUUACGUGCGUCUUAUGAAGUAUGGCGAUUCAUUGUAUCGCUGCAAACAGCUAAAACGUGCAGCUUUGGGACGGAUGUGCACUAUUAUGAAAAGACAGAAGCAGAGCUUAGAAUACUUGGAACAAGUACGUCAACAUCUUUCUCGUCUGCCUACCAUUGAUCCAAAUACCAGAACUCUUCUCUUGUGUGGUUAUCCCAAUGUUGGCAAAUCCAGCUUUAUAAACCAGGUUACAAGAGCAGAUGUUGAAGUCCAGCCUUAUGCGUUUACAACAAAAUCAUUGUUUGUAGGGCACAUGGAUUACCGAUAUCUACGUUGGCAGGUAGUGGAUACUCCAGGUAUUCUGGACCACCCAUUGGAAGAGAGAAACACCAUCGAAAUGCAGGCCAUUACUGCUCUUGCACACCUUCGGGCUGCUGUCUUGUAUGUGCUGGAUGUUUCUGAGCAGUGUGGCUAUACUCUGGAACAACAACUGGAUCUCUUCAAAAGUAUUAGACCCUUGUUUGCUAACAAACCUUUGAUUAUUAUAGCAAAUAAGUGUGACGUGAAGAGGAUUUCUGAACUCUCAGAAGACAAACAGAAAAUGUUUACAGAGCUUGAAACUGAGGGCAUUCCUGUGAUAGAAACUAGCACUCUUACGCAGGAGGGAGUAAUUCAAGUCAAAACUGAGGCUUGUGACCGACUGCUUGCAUUCAGAGUUGAUUCUAAAGUGAAAGGGAAGAAGGUGAAUGACAUCUUGAACAGGCUGCAUUUGGCAGUACCAGCAAAGAGAGAUGAAAAGGAGCGACCACCUUGCAUUCCUGAGGGAGCUUUGAAACGCAGGAAAGCGAUGGAAAUUGAUGAACCCAAACGAAAAUUGGAAAAAGAUCUUGAGGCAGAACUUGGUGACGAUUAUGCACUUGAUCUGAGGAAGUACUGGGAUCUUAUGAACUCAGAAGAAAAAUAUGACAUUCUUCCAGAAGUAUGGCAGGGUCAUAAUAUAGCAGACUAUAUUGACCCAGAUAUCAUGAAGAAACUAGAGGCUUUGGAAAAAGAGGAGGAACUGAAAGAGGCUGCUGGUGAAUAUGAUUCUGAGCCAGAAAGUGAGGAUGAAGAAAUGUUGGAAAUUAGGCAGCUUGCAAGCCAGAUCCGUGAAAAGAAAAAGCUCAAGUUCAUGGAAUCCAGAGAAAAAGACAUACAUGGACCACGUUUACCUAGAACUGCUAAGAAGAGAGAGAGAAAGACUUUGGAAAAGGAAAUGAGCUCACUUGGUAUUGUCAUGGAAAACAAAGACAAAUCUCACUAUGCCACUCAGGCUCAGAGGUCCAGGAGUGCUACCAGGAAGCGCAAGAGAGAAGAGUCUGAACCACCAACAUCAAAAGUUCGCAGCCGUAGUGCCUCUCGUCCUUCUCGAGAUGCAUCUGGAAUCAGAGAUCCAAAGGUAAUAAAGAAGGCCAAAAUACUUAUGAAGAAGUCUCAGAAGAAAAUGAACCGUUUGGGCAAGAAAGGAGAAGCCGACAGGGUUGUUUUGGAUUUAAAACCCAAACAUUUGUUAUCUGGCAAGAGGAAAGCUGGUAAAAAAGAUAGAAGAUAAACUGAUCAGAUUGACAUGGACUGCAUAUAUUUUCAGAAUAUGCCCUGCAGCUGUGCCAGUGCCUCACUUCGGUGUCUAAUGAAAGACUUGGUUUGCACAGUAUAUGUAUGUUCAUCUUCUAAAGGAUGCACAGACAUUAAUUCCAUGAAAGCAUGGAAACUGCAGCUAAUGUCUGGAUUUUUAUCAAGUUGCAAAGUAACUGAUACCAGAAAUGUUGCCUGCUUCAUCUGAUGUUAAGUAAGACAUAUAUUUUUCUGCCUUAAAGUUUGAAGUGAGGCUUGUACCCAUUAUCAUGACAUUUGUUUUCAAAACUUUUAAGAGAAAGCCUCUUUUAAGUACAAAAAGUCUCUGCCUUUUUUGUCUUAAGAAAUGAACUGAUUAGGUAGUCCAGAGUAGAAAACAGAAGUGGAGAUACAAGACUGUCUAAUGUUGAUCAAUUUCAAAGCAUAUAAUGUGUCCACUCCUACUUCCAAUUGCGUACAAAGUGUGAAGAAUGUCAGAAGUGUGAACAGCAAAGCUUGUAAAUUUACUUGGCUAUGUAGAAUAUAUUCAUAUCUCUUAAGACAUGGGAUAAGUAGGUUACUGUAUCACAGUCAUCUUAUGUAAACUUUAAAGAGGAUUCUGUUCAUAAACAUAUAUUUUAUCAUAUAUUUACAUUUAUUAGAGAUUACUCACAUCAAAUGCAGAAUGGAUUUCAGAAGGUAAAAUAAAUUGUCAAGAAAUUUG